UGGUGUGCUAUAUAUUCCUGCUCCUCCCUGCAAUCUUCCUCUCCCGCACAGAGAGCAGGCAGGCUGCACUGGAGGGGUGUCCCUGGCUGCCAUGAAGGUGACAGGACUUUUGGUGAGGGCAGCUCUUGCCCUUUGCUGCUGGUUGGGUACUGCCUUUGGAGUUCAGCUUGACUGCAGCCAGUACUCCGGUGGCAUUACCAAGGAUGGGAGGUCCUGGGUGGCUUGCCCAAGGGACUUGAAACCAGUGUGUGGCACUGAUGGCAACACGUACAGCAACGACUGCGGGAUCUGCCUCUACAACGCGGAGCACAGCGCCAGCGUGGAGAAGGAGCACGAUGGAGAAUGCGACCCAAAACCUGUCGUGGUUGAUUGCAGUAAUUACCGUAGAGCUGUAGUAGAUGAUCACGUCCUGGUAGCUUGCCCAAGGAUAAUGAAACCAGUCUGUGGCUCAGAUAGCUUCACUUAUGACAAUGACUGUGGGAUCUGUGCCUACAAUGCAGAACAUGACACCAAUGUUACCAAAAUACAUGAAGGGCCCUGCAAAGAAUCUGUUGCUGUUGACUGCACCAGGUACCGAACACAAACCACUAAAGGUGGAAAAACCUUGGUAUUAUGUCCGAGGGACCUGAACCCAGUUUGUGGCACAGAUGGCACCACCUACGACAACGAGUGCACGAUCUGCGCCCUCAACGCGGAGAAAAGGACCCAUGUUGGCAAAAGGCACAGUGGAAAAUGCAGAGAGAAGACUGAUGAGCUUGACUGCAGUCAAUUCCCAGCCAGAAAGGUGAAGGGUGGCAAAGACCUGGUGCGGUGCCCCAGGAUCCUGCAGCCAGUGUGUGGCACAGAUGGGUUCACUUAUGACAACGACUGCAGCAUCUGUGCCCACAACGCACAACACGGGACUGAUGUUAAGAAAAGCCACGAUGGAAGGUGCAAGGAGGAAAGCACUCCUGUUGACUGCAGCACGUACCUGAGCGGGACCAAGUCCGGAGAGGCCAUCGGAGCCUGUCCCUUCAUCCUGCGCGAGAUCUGCGGGACAGACGGCGUCACCUACAGCAACGACUGUGCCCUGUGUGCCCACAACAUCGAGCACGGGACCCAGGUUGCCAAGAAGCACGAUGGAAGGUGCAUAGAAGAACCUCCCCAGCUGAACUGCAGCCGGUUCCCCAGGACCACGCUGAAGGAUGGCAGGGAGCUGAUGGCCUGCACCAUGAUCUACGACCCCGUGUGCGCCACCGACGGCGUCACCUACGCCAGCGAGUGCACCCUGUGUGCCCACAACAUGGAGCAUCGGACCAACCUCGGCAAGAGAAAGAACGGACCCUGUGAAGAGGAUAUUACAAGGGCUCUUUGCAAGGACUUCCAAGAAUUCUCUCCUAUCUGCACCAUGGAUUACGUGCCCCACUGUGGCUCUGAUGGCAAAACCUACAGCAACAGAUGUAUCUUCUGCAACGCCUAUCUGGAAAGCGGGAAAACUCUCAACCUCAUGAGCUUGGCUGAAUGCUAAGUCUGUGCUGGACUUCAGCCCAGGAAGACAAACUCCCUUCCACGUGUCUUCCCAUGGGCUGACCUUCCCUAGAAACAUCCCUUCAGCCUGACUUGUUUCCUUAGCUCCUGAAGCACUUGUUCAAUAAACCAACUUGGCAACGUU